AUGCAGGAGGUGGAGUUUCUCAACUCGUCGUUCCAAAAGCUCAUUGAGGCCAAGCGCAAGUUCCAGGACUGUCAGGAGUCGGUGCGUGGCGUGUCCGCCGAGAAGGACGAUACAGAACUCAUGGUGCCGCUGUCAUCAUCGCUGUACGUGCCUGGACGCAUGAGCAACGUGGGCAAGUUCAUGGUUGACGUGGGAACGGGAUACUAUGUGGAAAAGGACGCAGAAGGAGCCAUUGCCCACUACCAGAAGAAGGUGAUGACUUUGGAGAAGAACUUGGGCGAUCUGACAGCCGUAGCCGAGCAGAAGGGUAAGAAUCUGGAGGCUAUUGACCAGAUCAUGCGCCAGAAGAUUGGCGAGGAGAUGAAGAAGAAGCAGACUCAGCAGGCGGAGUGA